AGCAAAGUGAAGCAAAUGCAGACACCAAAGAAAAGCUCCCUUUACGCCUGCGGAUCUUUGAAAAAUUCCCAAACAGACCGCAAAUGGUGAAAAUCUCAAAGCUUCCUUCAGAUUUUACAGUUCCUAAAAUCAGGGAAAGUUUUAUGAAGCAGUUUAUUGAUCGCCAGCAACAGGAUACUUGCUGCCUCUUAAGAAGCCUCCCUUCAACCUCUUCCUCAUCAUGCGAUCACUCCAAGAGGUCUGCAAUUGAAGACAACAAAUACAUUGAUCAAAAACUUCGCAGGUCUGUUUUCAGCAUCAGGGCAAGGAACCUUCUGGAAAAGGAGACCGCAGUCACUAAAAUCUUAAGGGCUUGCACUCGACAGCGCAUGCUGAGCGGAUCAUUUGAGGGGCAACCAGCAAAGGAAAGGUCAAUUCUCAGUGUGCAGCAUCAUAUCCGCCAGGAGCGCAGGUCAUUAAGACAUGGUUCUAACAGCCAGAGGAUCAGCAGGGGGAAAUCUCUUGAAACACUGACUCAAGAUCAUUCCAAUACAGUGAGAUAUCGAAAUGCACAAAGAGAAGACAGUGAAAUAAAGAUGAUACAGGAAAAAAAGGAACAAGCAGAAAUGAAAAGGAAAGUGCAAGAAGAGGAACUGAGAGAGAACCACCCAUACUUUGAUAAGCCACUUUUCAUCGUUGGCCGAGAGCACAGGUUCAGAAACUUUUGCCGGGUGGUGGUCCGAGCACGCUUCAAUGCAUCUAAAACAGAUCCUGUCACAGGAGCUGUGAAGAAUACAAAGUACCAUCAACUUUAUGAUUUGCUGGGAUUGGUUACUUACCUAGACUGGGUCAUGAUCAUUGUAACCAUCUGCUCCUGUAUUUCCAUGAUGUUUGAAUCCCCUUUCCGAAGAGUCAUGCACACACCUACUUUGCAGAUUGCUGAGUAUGUGUUUGUGAUAUUCAUGAGCUUUGAGCUUAAUCUGAAGAUUAUGGCAGAUGGCUUAUUUUUCACUCCAACUGCUGUCAUCAGGGACUUUGGUGGUGUAAUGGACAUAUUUAUAUACCUUGUGAGCUUGAUAUUUCUUUGUUGGAUGCCUCAAAAUGUGCCUGCUGAAUCAGGAGCUCAACUCUUGAUGGUUCUUCGGUGCCUGAGACCGCUGAGGAUAUUCAAACUGGUGCCCCAGAUGAGGAAAGUUGUUCGGGAACUUUUCAGUGGCUUCAAGGAAAUUUUUUUGGUCUCCAUCCUUUUGUUGACAUUAAUGCUUGUUUUUGCAAGCUUUGGAGUUCAACUUUUUGCUGGAAAAUUGGCAAAGUGCAAUGAUCCCAACAUUAUUAGAAGGGAAGAUUGUAAUGGCAUUUUCAGAAUUAAUGUAAGUGUGUCCAAGAAUUUAAAUUUAAAAUUAAGACCUGGAGAGAAAAAGCCUGGAUUUUGGGUGCCCCGUGUCUGGGCAAACCCUCGGAACUUUAAUUUUGACAAUGUGGGGAAUGCUAUGUUGGCAUUGUUUGAAGUUCUCUCCUUGAAAGGCUGGGUGGAAGUGAGGGAUGUUAUUAUUCACCGUGUGGGGCCGAUCCAUGGAAUCUAUAUUCAUGUUUUUGUAUUUCUGGGUUGUAUGAUUGGACUGACCCUUUUUGUUGGAGUGGUUAUUGCUAAUUUCAAUGAAAACAAGGGGACGGCUUUGCUGACUGUAGAUCAGAGAAGAUGGGAAGAUCUGAAGAGUAGACUGAAGAUUGCACAACCUCUUCAUCUCCCACCUCGCCCGGAUAAUGAUGGUUUCAGAGCUAAAAUGUAUGACAUAACCCAGCAUCCAUUUUUUAAGAGGACAAUCGCAUUACUUGUUUUGGCCCAGUCGGUGUUGCUGUCUGUCAAGUGGGACGUGGAGGACCCAGUGACCGUUCCUUUGGCAACAAUGUCGGUUGUUUUCACAUUCAUCUUUGUCCUGGAGGUUACAAUGAAGAUCAUAGCCAUGUCACCUGCUGGUUUCUGGCAAAGCAGAAGAAAUCGAUAUGAUCUCCUGGUGACAUCACUUGGUGUUGUAUGGGUAGUACUUCACUUUGCCCUCCUGAAUGCAUACACAUACAUGAUGGGUGCAUGUGUGAUUGUCUUUAGAUUCUUCUCUAUCUGUGGAAAGCAUGUAACAUUAAAGAUGCUGCUCCUGACAGUAGUAGUCAGCAUGUACAAAAGCUUCUUUAUCAUAGUAGGAAUGUUCUUAUUGCUGCUGUGUUAUGCUUUUGCUGGAGUUGUUUUAUUUGGUACUGUGAAAUAUGGCGAGAAUAUUAACAGGCAUGCAAACUUUUCUUCAGCUGGCAAAGCUAUCACUGUGUUGUUUCGCAUUGUCACAGGAGAAGAUUGGAACAAAAUUAUGCAUGACUGUAUGGUUCAGCCUCCUUUUUGUACUCCAGAUGAAUUUACGUACUGGGCAACAGACUGUGGAAAUUAUGCUGGGGCACUUAUGUAUUUCUGUUCAUUUUAUGUCAUCAUUGCCUACAUCAUGCUAAAUCUGCUUGUAGCUAUAAUUGUGGAGAAUUUCUCCUUGUUUUAUUCCACUGAGGAGGACCAGCUUUUAAGUUAUAAUGAUCUUCGUCAUUUUCAAAUCAUAUGGAAUAUGGUGGAUGAUAAAAGAGAGGGGGUGAUUCCAACGUUCCGUGUGAAGUUCCUGCUCAGGCUGUUGCGGGGCAGGCUAGAGGUAGACCUCGACAAGGACAAACUUUUGUUUAAGCACAUGUGCUAUGAAAUGGAGAGGCUGCACAACGGCGGUGAUGUCACCUUCCAUGACGUGCUAAGCAUGCUUUCUUACCGGUCAGUUGACAUCCGGAAAAGUUUGCAGUUGGAGGAGCUCCUUGCCAGGGAGCAACUGGAAUACACCAUAGAGGAGGAAGUGGCCAAGCAGACCAUUCGCAUGUGGCUGAAAAAGUGCUUAAAGCGCAUCAGAGCUAAACAACAGCAGUCCUGUAGUAUCAUCCACAGUCUGCGAGAGAGUCAACAACAGGAGCUGAGCCGGUUUCUAAAUCCUCCCAGUAUUGAGACCACCCAGCCAAGUGAGGACAUGAACGCUAACAGUCAGGAUAAUAACAUGCAGCCAGAGACUAGCAGUCAGCAGCAGCUUCUAAGCCCCACUCUGUCAGAUAGAGGAGGAAGUCGGCAAGACUCAGGAGAUACUGGGAAACCCCAGAGGAAGUUUGGUCAAUGGCGCUUGCCCUCAGCACCAAAACCAAUAAGCCAUUCAGUGUCUUCCGUCAACUUACGGUUUGGAGGAAGGACAACGAUGAAAUCCGUAGUAUGCAAAAUGAACCCCAUGACCGACGCAGCUUCCUGUGGUUCUGAAGUGAAGAAGUGGUGGACCCGGCAGCUGACUGUGGAGAGUGAUGAAAGUGGAGAUGACCUUCUGGAUAUUUAGGUGGAAACCAAUGCAGAUGA